AUGUCUCUGUUCCACACUAGCUUCCCUUCUUCGGGCGACUUCUCCCCAUUGUUCCGCCUGUUAGACGAUUAUGACAGCCACCGAACCAGUCGUCAGCCCUCUUUGCGCUCAUUCUCACCUCGCUUCGAUGUCCGUGAAACUGAGGAGGCUUACCAUUUGGAUGGCGAGCUGCCCGGCAUCGCGCAGAAGGACAUCGAUAUUGAGUUCACUGACCCCCAAACUCUCACUGUGAAGGGUCGCACCGAGCGCGAGUACCACGCUGAACCCCAGGUAGAGAUCGAUGGUGACGAGACUGAGCAAAAGAGCGAUACCAAGUCUCUGUAUCGCUUCUGGGCCAGCGAGCGCGCCACCGGCGAGUUCCAGCGCAUCUUCUCCUUCCCAACCCGUGUGGACCAGGAUGCAGUCAAAGCCAACUUGAAGAACGGUAUCCUGUCUGUUGUAGUGCCCAAGGCUAUCGCUUCUCCAACCAAGAAGAUCACCGUGGAGUAA